CAUUUAUGUAACUGACUCGUUGUGAAAAUGUUAUUAGAUUUAUUAAAUGGUUUACAUCUUAUUCUAACAGAAAUUAUAUUAAUGCUACUUACGUCUUAUGAUGAACAAACACCACCAUUCAUUCGUUCACCUCUUCAUCACGUUAAUAUAAAUGGAAUUCUUUAUGAACCAAAGGUAUUUAGUUAUGGUACAUCGGCUGAUGAAGACGUCUACAGAAUAGGAAAUACUACCAAAGAUCAGCAAACAGAGAUGAUUAUGGAAAUUCUAUCGUCAAGACCAAAUGCAGAACGACAAAAUAUUGUGCAUCGGUACAACAGGAUUUUUAAAAAAUCUCUACUAAACGAAAGAGAAAACUUUAAAUCGGGAUUAAUGAAACAAUUAUUUGAAGAUCUACUAACAGACACAUCUAUAUUAUUAGCUGAUGAGCUGUACACUGCAAUAAGUGCUUCCAAUUUACAAAAAACGACAAGUAUACUGAUUGAUUUCUGGGGUGAUGAAUUUGAUCAAGUGGAAACUGCUUAUAAAAUAUAUUCUACAGAAUCAAUCUGGAAGUCUAUAAAGAAAAAAUUUGGAAAAUCUGUAAAAUCUAUUUUACAUUGCAUAGUUGAAACAAGAAAAUAUGAAACUAAACAAGAAUAUCCAAUUAAAGGUCGAGGUGGUAAGCCGAUAGUUAAAAACACAGUAGUGGUUGAGGUAUUUUAUGACUUGAUGAACGUGUUGGAUUCGAACAACGAUGUGGGACAGCAACUUGGUGAACGUCUAUGUAAACUUGAUUCAUUUCAAUUUCAAAAACUAAACAUGAUUUAUAGAAAAAAACCCGUUAGACAACUUGGUGAAGUUCUUGAAAGCAGGACAUCGGGUCAACUCCACGAUAUUUUAUUAGCAAUGUAUAAUUAUUCCAUUAAUAAACCAAUGUAUUUUGCUACGUUAAUCCACGAUGAGCUUCAUAAAGAACUUACUGAUAGCUUGAGUGUUCAACGUUUCUUUAUUUUUCGUUCUGAGAUGGAAGAAUGAAGCUUGCAGAACUGUUGUAUAUGUACCAACAAGAGACUGAUCAAUAGCAGUCAUAAACAAAAAUAGGAAAAUACAAGCAAACAACACCAAAAGAAUUUAAACUUCACCCCAUUGCACAAGCAGGUAGCUAACAGGAUUCAGUAGCUAAGUGGACAACGCGGAAACGAUUGAAGCGAACAGUACUUGAUUCGAUUCCCAGAGCGGAUCUAAACUCGGAUGCAGAUACAUCCAGUGAAUGAGUCCCAAAUAGGACGAAACGCGCAUCAUGGAUUCCACUGAUAACCACUAUCGAUUUUUGUUUAAAAAAUCAUUUGCUUACGUAUGUUAUAACUCUAAGAAUGAGAUUUCAUUUGUCUCAACUUUCACUGUUUCUCAGUCAGAUAUGUGUCAUUCAAAUUAAUUUUGAAUAUUUUUUUCUGGUUAGCGUUUUUUUAGCGAGUUAGUUUUCUACGGGAUGGGGACGCUAACCCCAUGCCCAACCCUCCUCCUUUAUCCGGGCUUGGGACCGGCAGUAGCUCCCGGAGGGACUCCAGGCGGAGUUCAUUCAAAUUAAAAACUGUGUUUAAUAAGCUGAUAAUCAGAUUAGAUUACGUUUUGUCCCUGAUAUUGGUUAUUUUAUUGAAAAUUGUUAUAAACCACCGAUUAUCUACUUUUCUAAAUAGCAAGAACAAAGAUUAGUGCAGAAUAGCAUAAAUUCAUUUUAUUUCAUUAGGUUAUCAUAAGUUGCUUAAAACCUAAAAAUAUUUGAAAAUCAACGUUAUUACAGAUAUUGAUAUAAUGUGAUGUGAGCUACUUGUAUCCAGAUAAGUAGUAUAUAACGAUGGUCAGUCGUAGAAUGUAUUUCAGUAGAGGAUCGAGAAGGAAAGAACGGAAACUGAAAAUAAUUGGUAUGAAAAUGCAUGAACAAAGCAAUCUAAGGUGAUGGACUGAUAUUUACAAAGUAGUAGUCAAGAUUUAGACAAUUGAUUGAUAUUUUGCAAAUUAACUAUUCACUGUAUGGUUCUCAGAUUUAGUGACAUACUCUGUAAUUUUGUGUCUAGAUAUAUUUGAUUCUCCCCACUUGUGUUUUUGUUCACUAUUAUUCUUGUACAUUAGGGGGUGAUUAAGAAUGAAUAUAUGUACCAUGAUGUAACGAUGAUCUCGACAGAGUUAAUGAGAGAAAGUUCCAGAACAUUGGAAGAGUGAUUAGAACUUAUGAAGUUAACAACCAUUAGAUGAUUAUGCGACGAAGGUACUAAAAGUAGAUUAAUGGUAAUAAAGAAAGAUAUGAAUUGAAAUCAGUCAGUUAUGAGUGGAAGAAAAAUGACAAUGAUUUAAUUUGAACUUCAGAACGAGUUGAAAUAAUGAAUGAUGUAAUAAAUAAAAAGGAAGUUUAAUGUUAC